UCGCUCGUCCCUCGAUGCUACUGCCGUCUUUACCUUCGCAGUUGGAUCUGUCCCGACCCGGGACGGUUCCUGUACGCAGAAAAGAAUGGCAGCUUGGCGAGUCGCGAUCGCGUUCGAGUUCGAUGAUGCGACAAAAGCUUCAGGGCUGGGGCUCGGGACGGGGACAGGCACUGAGUGGGAGCGUCGCCUUGACCAUGUCGCCGAUUGCGAUUCUUGUGCUCGUCUUCAGCAGCGGGUGCCUGUUUUACUCGGUCAAAUCGCACCUUCUGCCCACUGACAACAUUGACUAUGAUACAGGAGCGAAGAGCUUUUACAUUGCUAACGACACUUUCUACAAGGAUGGAUCUCCCUUCAGAAUUCUGGGUGGCGACCUCCAUUACUUCAGAGUACAUCCGCAGUAUUGGGAGGAUAGACUGCAACGUGCGAAAGCGUUGGGGCUGAAUGCCAUACAAACGUAUGUACCGUGGAAUUUACAUCAGCCACAACCUGAAAAAUUGAACUUCGAAGAUGGAGCAAAUCUUGAGGGGUACUUGAAGCUUGUCCAGAAGCUUGGCAUGCUUGUGAUGCUCCGAAUCGGCCCGUACAUUUGUGCAGAGUGGGACUUUGGGGGAUUUCCCGCCUGGUUGCUAUCUGUGAGACCUGAACUCAGCUUGCGGACAUCAGAUCCUCAAUAUUUGAAAUUGGUCGACGCUUGGUGGGAUGUUCUUUUACCGAAGAUAGUUCCAUAUCUCUACUGUCAUCAGGGUCCAGUAAUUAUGGUCCAGAUUGAGAACGAAUACGGAUCUUUCGGGGCUGACAGAUCCUAUAUGGAACAUCUCGCUGCUAAGGUCAGGGCUGUUCUUGGAGAAGAAAUCAUCCUGUACACUACCGAUGGUGCCGUAUCUAAAAAUUUGGAGCACGGAAGUCUUGAAGGAAGUGGUGUUUACACAGCUGUGGACUUCCCUACAGAGUGGGAUCCGGCAACAGCGUUUGCACUUCAAAAACAGUACAACGCUCAGGGAAACUCGCCUUCUUUAUCAAGUGAAUUUUACACCGGUUGGCUCACACACUGGGGUGAACAAUUAGCUCAAACCGACCCCGAGUACACAGCAGCAGCUUUGGACAGGAUAUUAUAUCUUAAUGCCUCAGUUGUGCUCUAUAUGUUACACGGUGGGACCAAUUUUGGCUUUACAAGUGGCUCAAAUACAGGAAGUUCAGUUCGUGACUUCCUGCCUGAUAUAACUUCUUAUGACUAUGAUGCCCCAAUAGGAGAGGCUGGUGAUAUCGAUAAUCCCAAGUUUCAGGCUUUGAAGGCCGUCCUCGGCCGUUACAUCCUGGAGUCACCACCUUCUCCACCACCACUACCAAUGAGAAAAGCUUUUGGACCUUUACAGCUGCAUAAACUGUCUUCUCUGUUCCAUAUACUUGAAUAUAUCAGUACAGAUCCAAGCGGUUUACACAUGGAUCAACCCAGUUCAAUGGAAUCAGUACACCAGAUCUCCGGGUUUAUACUAUACCGAACCAAUUUACCGUCACACGCAAAAGCUGGAAGUAAGAUAAGCAUCUCAAAGGUUCAUGAUCGAGCACAGGUUUUCAUAUCAGGAUUAGUCGAAGGUGACGAGACGACCUCGACGAGAUAUUUACACGUUGGGACACUCGAGCGCUGGUCCAGUGAUACAUUGUGGUUACCCUCUAAUGUAGCUGUGCCAGGUUUGCAACUGGAUAUUUUGGUCGAAAAUAUGGGUCGAGUCAAUUACGGCCCUUUUGUGUACGAUCCCAAGGGGAUAUUGUCGGCUGUGCUUUUGGAUGGAACGCCUAUACUUGAUUGGAUUUCCUUCUCAAUACCUUUAGAUUCAAUUCCUCCUUCAGUCGCUGAACGAGUUUCUGACCGGAAGACGGAGAGGACCUCACGUGCACUCACAGAGAAUAGUGGUGAAGGUAAUGGUCUGCCAUUCCUGAUAGAAGGGAAGUGGACCGACGGACCUACUUUCUAUCGUGGACAGCUGAGUGUUGAGAAACCCGCUGACACAUUCUUAUCAGUAGUCGGCUGGUCGAAGGGGGUGGCAUUUCUGAAUGGUUUCAAUCUUGGACGAUAUUGGCCGGUCAAAGGUCCCCAGUGUUCCUAUUACAUCCCUGCGCCCCUUUUUUAUGCUGGAGACAAUGAUCUGAUUCUUUUGGAGCUUGACGAUCCAAGUACAGACCUCUGGGUAAAUUUUACUGAAGCCCCUGACUACAGCUGCCAUGGAGGCGUCAGAAGCGUGUAAGACUUAAUCUGGAGUGCCUUCUGUAAAAAUAUGCACAUCGAGCAGAUGAUGGGGAAGACUUCAAAACCAUGUGAUAUAGAAAGAGCCUUCUUUGCUGCGCCUCUGUAGUUUAACAAAGUAGGUCCCGGUAAUCAUUUUGCGAUUGGAGAGACGGGCCCUAGUAGUAAAAUCAACGAAGGCUCCUGUGAGGAGUGCUAAGACAAUUGUUAUUGCUCACAUAUCUGCCUAUGGUCAGUAAGUACUGAAACUUAGAGCUCAAAACUCACCCUGAAUGAUUUGACUGACGUAACAAAAGACUAAUUAUGGACAGGAAUGUUAUAUUAUCUAACUGCCAAACAUAUGAAAACUUUCAUCAUCUGCCAAAGCUGUUGGAA